UACACCAAGCUGGGAUGCUACAAUGAGAAGCGCUCAGAWCCAAUUAUGCCYGUAGUUAUUUUGAAAUCUGUACCUAAUAGCGAUAACUUUGCCGUUUGGCUCAAAGACUUUGUAUGUGAAUGCGCUAAAUCAGCAGAGAAGAUGAACUAUCAAGUGUUUGGUGUCACAGACAGUGGAACAUGCUACUCCUCAUCACUGGCAAUAGGCAACUCGAAYUUUUACGAAGAGUAUGGUGGAAGUACAAAGUGUUAYAAUGGGAAGAAGAAACCAUGCAAAGACAGCACACCCGAUGAAUGUAUUGGAAAUCCUGAAACGAUAUAUGUCUAUGGACCUCCUUCUCUAAAGCCAAAGCCUCCUAAACCUUGCGAGAUAGUUGUGGAUCUUGGUUUUGUACUUGAUGGUUCAGGAUCAAUCUCGGCUGGCAAUUUCACCAAGUGCAAAGACUUCGUUAAAAACAUGACUAARCAAUUCAAUGUCUCACAGACGGACUCACACAUUGGAGUGGUACUCUUUUCCACGAGUGCAUCACUUGUGUUCAAUUUUAAACAAUACUACGAUAUUCCAAGYAUCGAAACCGCUGUGGAUAAUAUAAUUCAACCAAAGAGAUAUACAAAUAUUGCGGGGGCUUUAGAYAAGGCAUACACAGACCUAUUUCUAUCAAGUCAACGCCCAGAGAAGGAACGGAUUUUAAUCUUUAUGACCGAUGGUUAUUCAACGUAUGGUGAUCCAAAUAGUAUUGGUCCCAAUGCUAAGAAAAUAAAGGAUGAAGGCAUACAUAUCAUCACGUUGGGGAUUGGCAAUAAUUACAAUUUAGACGAACUCAAGCUCAUAGCAUCCGGCAGUAGCUACAUUUUCACUGCAGACUUUAAUGAGCUUGACCAAGUGGUUCAACUUAUCAAAGAGAAGGCUUGCCAAGCGGUAUAUGUCGAUCCAGAGAAGGAGAAAGCGUACUUUACCAUCAAACCCGAGAACACCAUCUAUGUUCGUGUUGGUAUGACAGGAAAGUUGGUAUGGAAAUAUGAAGUGACAGAUAAGAUAAACACGUUCAAACAAUACUCUCCAAUAUGGUAUGUAUAUAAUGAGGACGGAACAUCUAAAGAGCUGGCGUCAGAAGAUAAACAAAAUAACUGGUCAUGGAGCGAGUCAUCCGAGUGUCCUGAGAAUUACAAAGGRAGGAUAAGCAAAGAAGAUCAGGCGACUUUAGUCAUUUCCAGCAUAGCGUUGACAGAUAGUGCUACAUAUGGUUGUAGCUUAAACGUGGCGGAUGGGGYACCAAUUACAUCAAAAGUMAAACUAAUUGCAUAUGAUGCAAAGUUUACCAAGACACCAGAAUCCGUUGUCUAUGUAACCGCUGGACACGACGCUCGACUUGAGUGGGUUUACAAAGUUGACGGCGGUCGUGAAAACGCAUUUUCGGCAUACUCCCCAACAUGGUCGCUGUACCAACAAGGACARGAUGUCGAGAUUGCUUCGGAGAAUAAAACCAAUAACUGGGCUUGGAGUGUCUCUGGUACUUGCCCUGAAUCACUUCGAGCGAGGCUUAAAAAAGAAUCCUUAGCAACGCUUGUUAUCUCCAAGGUAACACAGGCUGACAGUGGUUUCUACACAUGCAAAUUGAUUAUGAUGUCUGGCGAACCGGUAGUUUCCAGGAUACAACUGAUAGUGCAAGAGAUGAUUUCAAUUGAGGUGAAGUUCACUAAAGUACCUCCAGCAGAAGUCAGUGUCACAGCAGGACAAUCGGUUAGUUUACAAUGGGAAUAUACCAUCAUCAAUGGCGAUAGAAAUCAAGCAUUCAAGCAAUAUUCACCGACAUGGGAUUUGUACUACUCACCAACCGAGAUCAAACAAUUAGCGGCUGAAGAUAAGAGUAAAAACUGGGCUUGGGAUGUCUCGCCUACCUGUCCGGUGGCUUUGCGAGAACGAAUAAGCAAAUACUCGAGUGCAAACUUGGUUAUAUCGAAUGUUAAGGUAUCCGAUUCUGGUAUGUAUGGAUGUACUUUGAACUUGGUUACUGGUGAUACAUUGACUGAAAAAGUCAAUCUUAUUGUCAAAGAACCAAUACCUUGUCAAGCUACCAUCGAUUUGGUGUUCGUUCUCGAUCUAACAAGUUCCGAAGAACAUUUCCAACAUGUAAAGAAAUUUGCUAAAACAGUUGCACGAGAAUUCAAGGUUUCUCAGUCUGACACGCAUAUUGGUUUAUUGGUAUUUUCUAUGGAGCAUCAUGUGAUAUUCAACCUCAAAAAAUACUAUAAUAUCGUUGACGUUGAAAAUGCCAUUGAUCAAAUACAGUAUUCAAAAUUUGAAACCGAUGGCAACAAGAUCGAGGACGCGAUAUAUGGGGCUAAGAGGGAUAUCUUCGAUACAACAGGUCGUGAACAUCCCUCUGUUGUAAUCCUUGUUACUGACGGAAAAGACAAUGAUCUUAAUGUCGAAGAAGUCAAAGGUUACCAAUUAAGUAUCUAUACUGUUGGAAUUGGUAUGUCUGUCAAUGUUGGUCAGCUGGAAGGAAUAGCAUCGAGUUCUGAAAAUGUGUUCAACGCAGGUUCAUAUAGUGAUCUCGGCACAGUCGCUAAAAAUGUCAAAGCCAAAGUUUGCGCAGACUUUACAGUUGGACCGACACAACCACCUACUCAACCACCAAUCAUACCAUGUAAAACCACUSUUGAUAUUGCAUUUCUCAUUGAUGGCUCCGGUUCUAUCUCCACUUCGAACUUCAAUCUMUGUCGACAAUUCAUUAAAGACAUGGUUGCACAUUAUGAAGUUUCCAGCGAUGGUUCACAUGUUGGUGCCGCUCAGUUUGCUAACGUUGCAGAACUUGUUUUUGGCUUGGACAAGUACAACAGUACAGAAUUAGUAAACAAGGCUAUCGAUGAUAUGAAAAAGCUAACAGGAGGAACCUUCAUUGGACGGGGGCUGGAUUUAGUAAAGRACAAACUGUUUGGCGCUGUUCAAGCAAGACCAAAUGUCCCUCGAAUACUCAUAGUUCUAACUGAUGGCGAGUCUGAAAAUGGGGACGACCUAGCCACUCCAUCGACAGCCCUAAAAGACCAAAAUAUCACAAUCUUUAGUUUGGGAAUUGGAGACAAAGUCAAUGGAACGCAACUGAAUACAAUAGCAAGUGAUCCAGACGAAGACCAUGUUUUUAAAACAGGCUUUAAUCAGCUUCUAAAAGUUGUUGAAUUGAUUGAAGCAAAAGCUUGCCCAGAUAAAAAAUUGGCAGCUGAAAAAGAAGCUAAGGCGUCGGUAUCUUGGGGCGAAGAUCACAUCCAUCUUUAACAAAUAUGAACCUGAAUGUAUUUAUAGAUUAGAUAUCGUUUCUAGUUGUACUAUAUGUAAGGUAUCUGCUAUGAUACCAGUUCUCUUGAUACUAGACCUAUUGUGUAAAUAGCACUAUUAACAAGUACAUAAACAUCCGUCGUGCUAUCGUCGCUCCCAGUAAUUAUACCGCUCUAAAUGAUAGUUURAAUUUGGCACAUGAUCAGAUCGACGUAUGAAUAAAUCAAGUUCGGCGCGACUGUAGUACGGUAGCGCGCCUUUCGUGCUGCACGGCAAAAAUCUUGAGACGCUGAUUCUAUCAUUCAGCUAUAUCGUCAUGCCGAGUUUAUUGCACAAGUUUCCCUUCUUCCGACAAUAAURGUGAUAAAAUGGCAUGUUUUCGGACGUUUUCUUAUUCUUUCAACUCUUUUUUGAUCGAUGUACGUGGUCGACACGUAGAAUUUGACUAGUUGGUUCGGCUUGACGAUAGCUCGACGUAUGAACCGUCCUUGAACUUUGUUGGUUYAUCAUCAUGUACCUUGUUGAAAAAAAUAAAUAUUUGUCUAAAAGUUGUUGAUUGUAAACUUUUCAUGUAAGAACUAAAAGUGUAAUUAAAACAUUGUA